AUGCAUUUAGCAUUUCUGGAGUUUGAAGCCGCUUUCGACUCUCCUCAUCGAGGCCGUCUUCUCAAUGCGCUCCGCGCCGAUGGAGUACCAGGAAAGUUCGUUCGUUUGCUUGAUGACAUGAAUGAACGAACAACUGCUGCAGUUCGAACACCAGUCGGAUAUGCAACACCGUUUGAACCGGGAAGUGGAUAUGGUGUGCCGGCGGAUGACACGUGUAAGAUAUCAACAUCUUGCACCGCCAUCGAAAAUAGCUACAGAAAAUCGUCUUCGCUUCUUUGGCCGUAUAUUAAGGGCACCAGCAGAUCGCCUUGGUCAACGAGUGUCGAGGAGUUUAUCGGGCUCAAGCUGGAAAAGUUGGCCGAAGACGAAAGCUCUGAACUGAGGAGAGACGUAAAGUUUCGCGUGAUAUGGAAUAACGACGAAUGGAUUCAUUUCGUGCAAGCUCUCGCAGAAGAUCGAAAAGAUUGGGCAGAGCCGUGUUCAAGGACGACACAGCUCGACGAAGAUGCGGGUAAUCGCGUCAGUCGAUGUCAUCAGCCCGCCGAAUAA